GGACCUCUGCCAUGAGCUGCUGGACAUGUCCCACUGUUUGCAGACCCAAGUUUUGCCCAGUUCUCACAGCACGACUCGAUGAAGACAGACAGCACUGUGCACCGGCAGAAAGCGGAAUCUGACUGAGGAUGCCCGGCGGGAGCGCGAGAGCAUCUCGUCCUCUCCGGGCCCCUCUAGGCGCGGGGACAGCUUUGUGUUUGAGGAGCAGAAGAGCGCAAGAUCACUCUGAACAUUGUCUUUGCGCUCAGAAAUGAGGAAAACGCGGGGUUCUUCAAGGCUGGCAAAGUCUUUGAGCGGUGACGCUUUACCUGUAGUGGAAUACACUUCAGAAGAGGUUGCCACUUGGAGGGAGGUCUACAGUACUCUGGCCAGUCUCUACCCAAGUCAUGCAUGCAGACAGUUUCUAGAAGCCCUGGGCCAGCUGGAGAGCCAAUGUUUGUAUGGGGAAGACAAAAUACCUCAGCUGAGAGAAGUGUCUGCAUUUCUUAAAGUUAGGACAGGAUUUCAGUUGCGGCCAGUGGCAGGGCUGCUCUCUGCCCGAGACUUCCUAGCCAGUCUGGCAUUUAGGGUGUUCCAGUGUACCCAAUAUAUUCAUCACCCUUCAGCUCCAAUUCAUUCCCCUGAACCUGACUGUUGCCAUGAACUUCUUGGACAUAUCCCCAUGCUUGCAGACAAAAAAUUUGCACAGUUUUCACAGGAGAUUGGACUUACCUCACUUGGGGCAUCAGAUGAGGACAUUGAGAAACUCUCCACACUUUACUGGUUUACAGUGGUUUGUAAGCAGAAUGGAAGAGUGAAGGCUUAUGGGGCCGGCCUCCUGUCCUCCUAUGGAAAGCUUUUGUACGCCCUUUCAAAUGAGCCCCAAUACAAACCAUUCAACCCAGCAGAGACCGCAGUCCAACCAUACCAGCACCAGUCGUAUCAGCCUGGGUACUUUGUGUCCGAGAGCUUUGAGGAUGCCAAGACCAAGCUGAGGCAAUACUCAUCCACAAUACAGAAGCCCUUCUCCAUUAAAUAUGACCUGUACACUUGCAGCAUGGACAUUCUGGAUGAGCCUUCUAAGAUUGAGAAUGCAUUAGGGCAGAUGAGGAAUGACCUAAAUAUCUUGCAUAUAGCAAUGGAGAGACUGGGACAGAAGUAAGCCAGAGUGGAUGGACUAUCAUCUAUA